GAUGGUGAUAUUUACAAACUCGUUUUUAAAGGUUGUCAGCCUGUAGGAGUAGCAGACCCUAUGAGGAUUCCAAAUGUUCAAAUGACGGCCACCAGCUACUGGAGUACAAGUUAUUACCCAUACUAUGGUCGACUCAAUGAAACUCGAGGAUAUGGAGCAUGGUGCCCAAGAACCCGACAAGGUCCCAGAACAGACUAUCUUCAAGUUGACAUGGGUACAUUUCGAUCUGUCUGCGCAGUAGCAACGCAAGGAGCAAAACACAUUAAUGAGUGGACAGCAAGCUACGUUUUACGCAUGUCGACAGAUGGAAUAACUUGGAACCCCUACGAGGAGAACAAUGCUGAGAAGGUAAGAUAAAGGAUCGUGACUUUAUGCCGUUUUAUCUUGACACAAACUGGACAUAAGAGAAAUUAGUAAAAUCCAACUAGUGGUCUAUUAUCAAUGCUGCGUUCUCAAUGGUUGAGCUACUACUAGCUAUACCGUAAAGUUCCGAAAAUAAGCCCCGCGGCUUAUAUUUUAAUCAAAGGCUCUUUUUUGAGGGGCUUAUGUACGGAGGAAAAUUUGCGUUUCAAAAUCGAUUGGGCUAGCUUGUAAUGGGAAGGAAAUUUACCAUUAUUGCAUUGUUUUACUUUGUAUUCGAGGGCAAAUUCCAAGUACAAGCCCCCCGGGGGACUUAUACUCGGAAGGGCGAUUUAACUGAGAGUUUUUUGAUUUUGGGGGGCUUAUAUAUGGAGGGGAUUAUUUUCGGAAUUUUACGGUAUGUUAUGGCCCACUAGCAGCGAAAAGCGCCGGCUUUGAAAACCAAAACAAUGGUGACUGAAUCGCAUUUUGCUAGCUAAUGUUGUUUUGUCUCAAUAUUUUUGACCAACUAGUUAGAUUUUACUAAAACAAUUAUUCCUCUCGCCCUUGACUCAGAGUCCAUUCGGGCUCGAGGAAUAAUUGUUAAAUAUACGCAUCUAGUUCACGUAUUCAUCGCAUAAAUGUAAGAGAAUAAAAUCAAGAAAUGUGAGCAGUCUAUUUUUCAGGUUUCACAGAAAACGUGUUUUUAAGACAUCCUAGAAAAUUCCUAGGUUUUCUAUGUUAAACUAGCAGUAAGCAUUGUUCAUUUUUCUUCUAUGGGAUUUAGGAUUGUGAAACCAUUUAAGCUAAAUAAUAAUAAUAACAAUUUAUUUAUAUAGCGCUUAUUCUUUAAGAGUCCACAAGCGCUUCACAUUGAUAAGAAAUUGAAAAUUGCCUUAAAAAAUAUGAUAUAACUCAAAUAAAAUCUCAAAAUCUUGGGACCAAUCUCUAGCAUACGUUUAUGAAAAAGCUAUUAUGUUUCACAUUUUAAUUCCCAGGUGUUCCAAGGAAACACAGAUCGACAAACGAUUGUGAAACACUCCUUUCCUACUGCCGUGGAAGCCAGAUUUGUCCGCUUUUAUUACGUCACCUAUUACAGCUGGCCUGCCAUAAGAGUAGAAAUAUAUGUUUAUUAG